AUGAUCACUCUCUUCCUGCUCGGCACAACGACGGCCCUCGUCGGCCCUCUUCAUCGGCCGCCGCUGCUCGCUUCGCCUGGCCUCGCGCCGCGCGGCUGCUGCGUGCGUGCGUGUGCUGCGCCCGCCGAGCCCUCCCUCCUCCGGCGUGGCGCUUCGCUCGGCGGCAUCGUGCUCGCCGACGCUCUGCUCAAGCGCGGCUUUGUGCGGCGCGGGGUAGCUUUCCCCUCGUCCCUCGCCGGGUCGUGGCUGCCGCUCUUCUUCGUCCCAAACCUCGUCCUCCUCCCGCUGGUCCUGCGCCUCGGCGCGGGAGACGCCGCCCGCCUCGCGCUCCUCAUCGGCGGCGGCGCCGUCCUCUCUCUCCCCGCCUGCGGCUUCGCUGCCCGCACCGCACUCGCCGCCAGCGAGUCGCUCCCCGAACGGCAGCGCCUCUCGGAGCGGCUGAAUGUCGGCAUGUACGAGCCGCCCGCCUCGGACCGUGGUGCCGACGCGAGCGAGGCGGUGGCUGCGGCGAACGCGCCGCCGCGGCCGCCGUUCGCGGCAGCGCUUCUGCCACGGCUGGCCUCGGCCGCGCUGGCGAGCGGCGCGGCGUCGGCGCUCGCUGCCCAAGGCCUCGGCGCCCCGGCCGCCGCGGAGUGGCUCCGCGACGCGUCUCUGCUGACGACGACCGCCGGCGGGUUUGUCGCCGGCUCCACCCUCGUCCCCAAGCGAGCUCAGAAGCUGCUCCACCCGCUGCUCACCUGCACGCUUCCGAUGGCGCGAACAGGCAACCUGCUGCUCGCGAUGCUCGGACCGGCGACGCUCUCGUUUGGCUUCUCCAUGCAGGUGACGGCGCCGCUCGCCAUUGCAAUCUCCGGCUUGGUUGGCGCCGACCCGGGCAUCGCUUGCACGAUCGUCGUCCUCACCGGCCUUGCAGUCGCCAACUUUGGCCACAACCCGCUCGACGCUUCACGGCGGAGGCACGUCGUGUGGGUAGGCCUCGCGCUGCUUGACGCGGUCGGCGUGACCGCGCCCGUGGCGCGCGGGCUGGCGAUGGGCGCCGCGGGCCACGGCAUCGGCACCGCUGCCACCGCCGCAGAGCCGGCCGCCUUCCCGUUCGCCGCGAUCGCGAUGGUCCUCAACGCGGUGGCGUCGACCGUGCUCGCCUCGAUCCCGCCCGUCCGCAAGGCGCUGCUCUCCGCCGCCGGCCUGCCCGCCGCGUGA